ACCGGGCUUUUGUUUCCCGCCGGGCCGCAGCGCGCGCGGUGCAGUCUGGGAGCCCGAGUCCGGUUCCCGCCAUCUCGCGGGCGGCGGACAACCCGAGCGGCGCGCGCGGCGGUCUCCAUGGGAACGGCCUGGUUUGUUGGUGGAGUUGACAGCUGCUUGUGAGCCUAAUAAAUCCUUCGCACAAUGGCACUAAUGAGAGUUUAUGGCCAGAUCCGGAUCCACAGCAUCCAGACCGGCACCACAAAGUGGAGAGAGGGUAGCUUUGAAAUUGUGGAGAAGGACAACAAAGCUUCUCUGGUUGUGAUCUUCAAGUCUGGAGGUCCUGCUAAAACAUUCCAGCUCAGCCAAAACGUGAAGGUGGUGCAAAUCAGCCCCUCGAUGAAGCAGCAUAGCCGGCUGCUGUUGACGCUGCAGGACAAGAAGCUGAUUAUUGACAAGGCUCCUAGUACAGAUGCUCUGCUCCUGAAGGAAUAUCUGGAGGAGUUGGGCCCUGGGGCCGAGCAAGUCUUCAGCAUGGGCCGAAAGCUCUGCAAGCAAGCAGCACCCGGGCAGCAGGUUGGGACAGCAUUUACUUCAACUUCUCACACUAUAUCCAGAGCAAUCAAGUCAGAGAACAGGAGUGAGAAAAGAAAGAGGAUGCUGUCCCCAGACCUGGAACUGACUGAAGAUUAUCCCAAAGAGAACGACUCUUCCAGCAAUAACAAGGCAACUGGAGACUCUGGUCGUAAAUUUCUAAGCAGCUGCCGUGAAAAGCAACUAGGCCUGAAGCAGGUUGAGGAGAACAGGAGUUCUGGUCUGAUGCCACUCCAAUCCUUUUAUGGAAGUAGAGCCUCUUCCAAGGAUUACUCCUCAGGGAACUCCUUCUUGGACAGGUCCGGGCUCUCAGGUCAGGCUCCCUCAGCAAAAAGGAACCUGGGAUUUUUACCUCAGCCCACGCCCCAGUCAGUGAAGAAACUGCGUCCGAAUCAAGAUUACACAGGAUGGAAUAGGCCCCGGGUGCCCCAUCCAACUCAGCUCCCACAGCAACUUCAGGGGUUUUCAAACCUUGGCAAUACCUGUUACAUGAAUGCCAUCCUACAGUCCCUGUUUUCACUUCAAUCUUUGGCAAUGGAUCUACUGAAGCAGGGCAUCCCCUGGAAGAAGAUCCCAGCAAAUGCUUUGCUUAAGCGCUUCGCCCAUCUCCUAGCCAAGAAGGAUAACUGUAGCCCGGAAGUAAAGAAAGAGCUGCUGAAGAAGGUGAAGAAUGCCAUCUCAGCCACUGCAGAGAGGUUCUCUGGAUAUGUGCAAAAUGAUGCCCAUGAGUUCUUGAGCCAGUGCCUGGACCAGCUGAAGGAAGACAUGGAGAAGCUGAACAAGACAUGGAAGAACGAGCCAGUGGCGGGUGAUGAGAGUCCUGCGGGACGAGCGUAUCAUGAGGCUGGGGCUGCCAGAGUCUACGCCUGUCCUAUCAUCUGCAAUGUAGAGUUCGAGGUCCUGCACACAAUUGACUGCAAAACGUGUUGUGAAAGUGUCACAAAGCGGGAGCAAUUCAAUGAUCUUUCCAUCGACCUCCCGCGGCGGAAGAAGCAGCUGCCCCCAAGAUCAAUCCAGGAUUCACUCGACCUCUUCUUCAGGGCUGAAGAAAUUGAAUACUCCUGCGAGAAGUGCAAUGGAAAAAAUGCAGUUGUGACCCACAAGUUCAGCAGGCUGCCCAGAGUCCUCAUACUCCACUUGAAGCGGUACAGCUUCAAUGUGCAGCUGUCUCUGAAUAACAAGCUUGGUCAGCAGGUGAUCAUCCCCAAAUACCUAACUCUCGCUGCUCACUGCACUGAAACUACACGACAGCCCUUUGCGCUAGCCUGGAACGCACAAGGUUCAAUUUUAAAUAAGAUCACGGCCACUGAAAACUUCUCAGUCAGUGAACUCUACGAUUGCCCAUUCACGCUGGGGAGGAAGUACUGUUUCAAGUCUUCGAUCACAAUCCAGGACUCGGACAGCGAGGAUGAGCAGGUGAAGCGGGCCAUGAUGAUCAGCAGGCAGAUGAGUGAGCAGAUUCAGCAAGAGACGCAGCAGGAGGAUGAGGAUAUACAGCUGGCUCUAAAAGCAAGUAAGCAGGAGAUGGAGCAUCCUGCCACCACUCCGGUGUUGGACUCCUCUUUCGACAGGAUGAGUGAAGAUGAGUUGUUGGCUGCCGUGCUAGAGAUCAGCAAGCGGGAGACCUCCCUGCCCCUCAGUGCAGAGGACGAGCAGGAGAAACCGAGCUGCAGCCCUGAUACUGGCUUUGGGGAUGAUGAAGCUCAGGAGUUGUUGGAGCAGCACGAAGUGGCAGAAAUGGAUGGAUCCAGGAAUUCCAUGGAAACAGACCUGACGGAAGCCACCAAAGACUUUGAUGAGAAUAAGGAGAAUAAAACACCGGAGGGUUGCCAGGGUGAGAUGGACUGGAUGCAGCAGUAUGACCUGGACAGGGAGCGAGAAGAGAAGGAGUUGCAGCAAGCUCUGGCCCAGAGUCUUCAGGAGCAGGAGGCUCGGGAGAUGAAAGAAGAUGACGACCUGAAGCGAGCAACAGAGUUGAGUAUCCAAGAGUUCAAUAACUCAUUUGGCGAUCUCAUGGGUUCAGAUGAAGACUCUGGCAAUGAGGAAAUCCUGGACAUGGACUACAGUGAAGCUGAAGCUGAAGAGUUGAAAAGGAAUGCUGAGACAGGCGAGCUCGCUCACUCCUAUAGAUUGAUCAGUGUCGUCAGUCACAUCGGCAGCUCCUCUUCCGCUGGUCACUACAUCAGUGAUGUGUUCGACAUUAAGAAGCAGACCUGGCUAACGUACAAUGAUCUAGAGGUGUCCAGGACAGUGGAGGGCACAGUCCAGACAGACAGAGACAAGAGUGGCUACAUAUUUUUCUACAUGCACAAGGAGAUACUGGAAGAGUUGAUGGAGGCAGAGAAAAGCCCACAGUCGGCAGGUUUGGACUGCAACAGGCCUGUGCUGCAACCACUGUGACAGAAGGCAAACUGCAGCAGCAAGUUACUUUAAACCAGGGACUGAAUGUCGUUUACAGUUAGUCCUGGGGAAAAAAUACCUCUUAAAAUAGUGAUAGGUCAAUGCCAGCAUGCACUGGGCAGGGUGCUAACCCCUUCGGUCAUUCGGAGCCAGGCAAAGGUGCUGGAGUUCAACACUGGAUCACAACGUGGUGAGCUCAUUCCUCUCUACAUCUCGCACCAGACUUUUUGAUGCAAAUCCUUUUCUGGUACUGGUGUCAAUCUGUCACUAUUUCCAAAGAUUCCCAAGGAAUUCAAGAUGGAAUUAUAUCAUGAGGCAGUUUAGACACGAGGGUUUUAUAUGUUUUUUUUAAAAAAAGAAAUAUAUAAUAUAUGAAUCUAAAAUUGCUGUUCGUGCCCUGAAGUGGUCUUUGUGUGUCGUCAGGGAGUGGACCCACAAGUAUGAGGCCUGGUUCACAGGCUCAUAUGGUUGCUUUAAGCACUCUGAGCUCCCCUAGACAGUCAGACCUUAGGGCUGAAACAGGGUUUAGACUUCAUUUUGUAUAGUUGAGUUGUAAUAUGUAAAGGUUUUUUUGAAGGCCAUAGCAUUAACACUGUAUUUACAUGUUUCCAAUGGAGUGUAAUAUUUUUUCUCUGAAUCUUAGCUUUUCCUAUCCAACUGAUCAGUUGCUGUGGCCUCCCUGUUUUGUCAGGACCUCGUGCUAAGUAAGCCCCCUCACCUCCACCUCGCCCCCCCCCCCCCCCACCCCUCCUUUUUGCUCGAGCACCUAUAAGCUUUCCACAGAAGGUGGUGAGCAAGAUUCCCCCAAGUCAUCGUGCAGAGGCUGUAAUAGGUACUGUUGUGCCAGCAGCAGAGGGUUUGGAAUCUUAACCCAGCAACAGACCAGCUCAAGUGCCUGAGUUUGUGUGCCUAAACCCAAGCCAUUUCACUGACCAACCCUAAAUGAAGAGGAAUCUAUCAUUAAUUGUGCUUUGGCCUUAUCAGGAUUGUUGGGGUUGCUGGUAACUUUGCUGCCUUGCUGUAUUGAGGUGAGGAGGAAUCCCUUGGUUUCAACCACACCAUUUCAUGCUGCACUUUACUUUCCUCCUUUCUGCAUCUUGAGGCCCACACCUUGGAAGCCAUUGCCUCCUCUUCUCUCCUCCAAGGUCGAAGGAAGCACCUUUCCUGCCAUGUGGAAAUGGGCCGCAGCAUCUGCUGAGUGACGAUAGGGGGGAAUUUCCCUGCUAAUCCACUAAUUUAGUGUCUUCUCACUGGUAUAAGCUCUGUGCGAUGCAAAUUCCCUCACACAGCCAAACAUGUGUCAAAUAAGUUGGUGCUUUAGAAGUGAUUCCAUAUAACCAUGACACCCUUAGGUGUGAUGUUUGUGUGGUGGAGCAGUUGACUGUGGCCAUUCUUUGAUGAGCUACCCAAUAUUAGACAGACUGCCAUCUCACCAAUCACCCUCUCCUGCCAGGGAUCGGAAUUUCCAGCUGUGAUCCCAAAGGUGCUGUUGUUAAAUUUGAGGUGCAUCUCUGCAACUGGUCUGCAGAGACGGUUUAGUAAGUAUCUGGAGAACAGCUGUCCACCUCCCUGUCUUCUACUUCUGCAUUUUCUUUCUCCAUCACCCUUCCAGCCAGGUCUCCACCAGCCUCCUGUCAUUGCACAGGAUUGUGCUUGUUCCAGCCUGUACCUUCCGCCUGUCUCUUCUCUAGCCACACAGCCCCUGAUGUUGUGGCGGCUGUGUGUUGUGGUGAUGCAGCGAGGCAAAGCAAUGUGCAAGCAGUGACUGGUUUCAGUCAGUGGGAGCUGAGGAUCUACCCAUAGGCUGCCCUGAUGGCCCUCAUGCUGUCAAAGACCUUCCCCAUUCUUUCUAAAUGCCUCUGAUCAGUGACAUUUAGAAACAGUUGAAAAACAUUUGUGGGGGGGAAAAAAGUCCAAAGGUCCACUUAAAUCCACAUUUAAGUUGUGUAUUAAUUAAAAUAAAGUGCAGGAAUAAAACCCACACUGUUUGGUUUCAGUUACCUUUUUAUGCAGGCCAAAAAACCCCAUUCAGGUGAGUGAGGCCAUGCUAGAUGUGCCGGCUAUGGCUGGUGUAAAGUUGAGGGGGCCAGCAGUUGAGUAGGUUGUCAAACCGCAGCUGGACUUGGUAGUGAGUGUUUCUCACCUCCCAGCACUCACCCUGCCAUCCAGCAGGCUGGAACAUCAAGCUGCAAGUUGUAUUGUGGCUGGGAGAUUGUGUCUUGGGUUUAAGGCUGUUUAGCAGUAUUCUUGGACACCAGGCUCAGGGGAAUGAUCCUCAUACUUUGCCUCUUGCCCCUGCUCUCCCCAGGAUCAGUUGUACUGAUCAAAUGCAGGGGAAUAGCAGGGUCUGCUCUUGGUUUG